GUGGCGGCGAGUUGGGCCAAAUCCAGAAUUGAAGCAAUAAAUCGAGAGGAGAACAGUUUGUGAACAGCAACCUCGACAACUCACCGCCUCUUCGCCAAGUAGAAGCCGCAUCAUCGUCCGUUUUGGCCGAUAGCGGCGCCUUUUCGACACCUCCGCCGUCUCCGUGACAACUCUUCCGCCCCCGACCGUCGCCACGCCCGCCGCUACGGGUCCCACCUUUCUCGGGAUAAAACAAAAAAGCAAAAUUAUCUAAAAGAAAGAAGGAGAAAGAAAAAGAAGCCAAGAAUAUGCUUUACUCUUCUCUGUAAAUAUACUUUUUCCCCUGCUCUUCAAUCCCUUCUUUCUUUUCACUUCCUCUUCCUCUUCCGCUUGCUCCGAUCCUUUUUUCGUUUCGUUGUUCUCGACUACCUUGCACUCUCAUCUCUCCGCUGCCUUCCUCCACCGACCGCCGUCGCCGGCUUUUCCGGCGCUUCCCAUUUCGCUCUCACGAAUCUUUAUUUUUGUUUCUCCUCUGGUAGUUGAGCGGACAUGGAGCUUUUUCAGGAGCUCUUCCUCACCUUGCUUGUUGCUCUCCUCUCCUCUUUUCUCAUCGCCAAAGUCGUCUCUAGGGCUACCGGCGGGGGUUCUGGUCCCGAUGACGGUUCUUCCAAGGUCGUUUCUCCUGCCAGGAGCCAUGAUCAGGAAGAAUUCGGAGACGUGACGGAAGAAAUUAUCAUGGAGGAGUUGAAUUACGCAGGACGAUUGGAAACUAGGGAGCUCGGGAGCUCGGGAGUGGUCGGUUUUGUUGAGGAAUCGGUGGAGGAAGUUGAGGAAUUCGUAGGAGAACCGGCUCCGGCAAACAAGGAAGCGAGCGGAAAUGAAUGUCGUGAAGUGACCGAGAAAGUGAAUAGUGAGGCGGCUGAGGAAAUCGUUCCCGUGGAGGUGAAUGAGGGAGUUGCCGAAGAGGCGAAAGGAGGUGAGACGGUUGAGAUAGAAUCAUCUCAACCGCCGGAAGCGGCGGCGGAGGAAUCCAGUGAUGAAGUUGCUGGAGGAGGGAAGAAAGUGGAGAUUGAGAUAGACGAUGAUUGGGAAGGGAUCGAGAGGAGCGAUUUGGAGGAAGUGUUUGCUAAGGCAUCCAAAUUCGUGGAAUCUGGAUACGGGGAAGAGAAGCUAGCAAGCAUAGGGAGUGAUGUACAGAUGGAGUUGUAUGGUCUUCACAAGCUUGUUACUGAAGGGCCUUGCCAUGAACAGCCACCAAUGGCGAUCAAGCUCUCUGCUCGUGCCAAAUGGAAUUCGUGGCAAAAGCUGGGGAAUAUGGAUCCAGAAGUGGCGAUGGAGCAAUAUGUCACUCUUCUAUCCGAUAAUAUCCCACGGUGGACUGACGAAAAAUCUGUUGGAGAGGGUACAACAAGCCUGUCAUCUGAGGCUGUAGAGUCGGGUGAUUCCGCUGCAGAUAUUUCCUCACCUGCAUCCCCUCACCCUAACUUUCCAUAUGAACGUGGCUCCGAGCUGAAGCAUGACUCCGAGACGAGUGAGCCGAUGACUGGCGACUUAGACGCAAAGAAUACGGUGAAGGAAUAACGAGUAGCCUUUUUUUUUUUGAACUAUUGGCGCCCCAACCACAAUUUCCAGUUGCUGCAGCAGUGCUGCUUGACCCGCCACCGACACUAAUUUGUCUAUCAGGAAAGGGGGCUUCUUCUUCAAGUUAAGUGCCUCAAUCAGAAAGUAGUACUACCGUUUCUCUGCUGUCUCUAUUAUGCUAUGCAUACAGUCCAUUAUUUCGUGAUCCAUUGUCAUCCCAUCCCUUGUGUGUUGCGUGUCAUUCCAUAAAAGAAGAAAAAGAAGAUAGGAAUGUGGGAAUGUAUUGUCCAUAUCUGGUGCAUGUGUAAAUAAAUAUCGUAUAUGAAGUAAAACUCGACCUCUCUCCGACUGUCUGUCUCUCCCUGUCUGUUUAUGGUGGUUGGGGCUUGGGGGCAUAGACGAUUACUUAUUUACUAAUAAUGGUUCACUAGACAU